CUUAAUUUCUCCUCAAGAUCACGUUUCUAGCUAUCUCUUUCCCUAAUUCACAAGGUUGGUUAUUAUUUAGUAUAGAAUCUGAAUACGAUGGAUGAACACAAUAGGAAUCCAUUUGCAAGUUCAAGUGCAAGUGCAAGAGCAAGUGGGAGCUCAAACUCGAGUUUUAGUAGCAGUGUGGCGGAUACAGAUGAUGAUCAAACCAUUGCACGUAUAUUAGCAGAAGAUGAGAGCUUAAGAAGUGAGGGCAAGCUUGGGAAGAGACUAUCUCAUUUGGAUUCUAUCCCAGUAUGAUAAGCUUCUUUUGCCUUUGUCUUCGUAUAUAAAUAAGCUGGGAUGUGUGCUACUAAUUGUUUAUGUUAGUGUCUAUUACUUGAGAGUAACUUUUGCUUUUGUAUUCGUGUGGAAUUUCGUAUUGGCAGCUUGGGUUAACAGGCAAAUAUAAUACCCGAUAUAAAUGAUGCAACAUUAG